ACCUUAUAAAUAAGAGCGCAUAUUCGCGCCGGGCCUCUUUUCCACAGUAUUAAUUCGAGGGGGUAUUCUCGUAUUAUUUUAGUGAACUAACUCUAAAUUCAGAAUGCCGGAAACAUCAAAAAUGAAUGGAUAUGCUAAAACAAAUGGUCACAGCUAUGAUAUGGAAGAUGGAUCUGUGUUCUUAUUUACAUCGGAAUCUGUCGGCGAGGGUCAUCCAGAUAAAAUGUGUGAUCAGAUAAGUGAUGCUAUCCUUGAUGCGCAUUUGAAACAAGAUCCUGAUGCUAAAGUUGCGUGCGAAACUGUCACUAAAACUGGUAUGAUUCUGCUGUGUGGUGAAAUUACGUCAAAAGCCAAUGUUGAUUAUCAAAAAGUUGUUAGAGAAACCGUGAAACACAUCGGCUACGACGACUCUUCUAAAGGGUUUGAUUACAAGACAUGCAGCGUGAUGCUAGCCCUGGACCAACAGUCACCGAAUAUUGCUGCUGGGGUGCAUGAAAACAGAAAUGAAGAUGAAGUUGGGGCUGGGGAUCAGGGUUUGAUGUUUGGCUAUGCAACAGAUGAGACAGAGGAGUGUAUGCCACUCACUGUAGUACUGGCUCAUAGGCUUAAUCAGAAGAUUGCUGAACUUAGAAGGAGUGGUGAAUUCUGGUGGGCUCGUCCAGAUUCAAAAACACAGGUGACCUGCGAAUAUGUGUUUGCAGGAGGUGCCACUGUGCCACAAAGAGUGCAUACUGUUGUUGUCUCCCUUCAACAUUCUGAGAAGAUUGCAAUUGAAACGCUGCGUGAGGAAAUAAGGAACAAAGUAAUCAAUGAAGUAAUUCCAGCACAAUAUUUGGACGAGCGAACUGUAGUCCACAUCAACCCUUGUGGACUCUUUAUCAUCGGUGGUCCUCAGUCGGACGCGGGGCUGACGGGGCGCAAGAUCAUCGUGGACACGUACGGCGGCUGGGGAGCUCACGGCGGCGGCGCCUUCUCCGGCAAAGACUUCACGAAGGUGGACCGCUCCGCGGCCUACGCGGCCCGCUGGGUCGCCAAGUCGCUGGUGCGCGCCGGCCUGUGCCGCCGCUGCAUGGUGCAGGUUGCGUACGCCAUUGGUGUCGCCGAACCCCUAUCUAUUACGGUGUUCGACUACGGUACAUCGCACAAGACACAGCAAGAAUUACUUGCCAUUGUACAAAAGAACUUUGACUUACGACCGGGGAAAAUUGUCAAAGAGCUCAAUUUGAGGGCGCCAAUUUAUCAGAAAACAAGUACCUACGGACACUUCGGUCGAGAGGGAUUCCCAUGGGAAAACCCCAGACCCCUUGUAGUAGAUUGACUUGAAACCAGAACAUUUAGAAUAAUGUAAAUAUUUCACAAGUUUAUUUCGAAUCUUUGUGUGUUUCUUAGAGCGAGAGCCGACAUUGCCGACGACUCUCUAAUAAUAGGUUAUUAUUAUUUGUUAUACGACUAAUCUCGCAGGUGACAGUGAGUGUUUAGCAUUUGCCAUUCGUUUGUGCGAUUCAGUUUAUUGUUAAGUAUUCGUUAAUAUAUAGAUUUUUAGGCAUAACGGGUGUCGUCAUUCAUGAAUUUUGAGUUAGUUCGAGACUAUCUGGAGCAGUCCUAAUUCAUUUUAACAACCUGCCGUUUUACAUAUCGUAAAUGUUCAGUCUCAGCUAUAUGUAACACUAUAAUUUCCCGUUUCGUAUUUAUUUCUAGUAAACAUUGACAAUUUAGUAAUUUAAAUGGACUGCCAAUAUAUCUCGUAAGUUUUUUUCAUUAUGAGUGAGCUUGUGAUAACUUCAGUGCUAUGUUCCUGUAAAGUAUACUACUUCCCCGGUAGCGUCACAGUGGAACGAGUGGAGGACAGACGACAAGUCUCGCCUUUUCUCGUUCACUGCAAAUGUAGUACUGCGGACAGGCGUCAUUUUAAUUCUAAGCUUAUAUUACAUUAGAUACUAAGUGUCGAAAACGUAUUUGUAAGUGCAUCGAGUAAUAUCCGUGUCGCCUAUUUCGCAAUACAAUUUGUGUUGUGUUUCCGAAAAGGAAUUAUCGUGGAAAAGAGCCAUUUUGAAAACACACCGACUCGUCCGGGGCAGUAGUGCACUGUACAUUUAGUACAAUAUGGAUUAUAUGAUUCCGCCAGUGAUAUGCGUAGUUGUUAUCUACAUUAAAUGAAAUUGUCUACGAAAUUCCUAGAGUCCGUAGGGCGAGUAUAGUUCAUUUCGAUAUUUUUCGACCUGUUAAAAGUUUUUAAUUCCCAAAUUUUGUGUAUUCUCAAUUUUUCUGGAUGUAAAGUUUUAAACUAAUAUUAAACUGUGUUUUCCCGGCACAAUAUCGGGAAUAUGAA